AUGAGGUCCAAGUCCUGGACUAAAAAGCACUUUGGUACGUUUGUGUCGUCUUGCUUUGCUCACCACCAACCCCAAUGUCACUCCCAUUUCCACUUCCCUUUUCUCGAUCAAACCGAAAACCCUAGACUCCCUUAUCCCCUCUCCGCUCCUCCUCCUUCUCCAAUUCCUCCUCCAGCUAGGGUUUUAUACUCCACAUUGCUAAAGAAAAGCAAGUGAUUCAUCUAAUUCCAAGUAUGUUCACUUUUUUAUAAUUUUUUCUGGAAGUUCAAUGGGGCAUAAUUCAGACACUGAUAUAAGUGAAUCUGAAAUUGAGGAGUACGAAGUUAAAUCUUAUGAAAAACUGAAGCGUGGAAAACUUGAUUUUAAAACAUCAGAUGAGACUUUCACUUGCCCCUACUGUCCAAAGAAAAGAAAGCGAGAUUUCUUCUACCAGGAAAUCUUACAGCAUGCAAGUGGGGUUGGCACGUGUAAUUCACAAAAGAGAACUGCAAGAGACAAAGCGAAUCAUCUAGCACUGGCGAAAUACUUGGAGAAGGAUCUAGCAGUUCUUGCUGGUCCGUCACAACCGGUGGCUAAGGCUAAGGCAGCAGUUGUAGCUGGUCCGUCACAACCGGUGGCUAAGGCUAAGGCUAAGGCAGCUGUUGUUGCUGGUCCAUCACAACCGGUGGCUAAGGUUAAGGCUGAGGCUGAGGCUGAGGCUGAGGUUGAUCCCCUUGCAGAUCAUGACCAUGAUGAGAUGUUUGUGUGGCCAUGGAUUGGUAUUGUUGUUAACCUUCGAACCGAGUGGAAAGAUGGGCGAUAUGUUGGGGAAAGUGGUUCUAAGCUGAGGGAUCAGUUGAUAAGGUUAGGCUUCAAUCCCAUAAGAGUUCAUCCUCUGUGGAACUAUCGAGGGCAUUCGGGAAGUGCCGUUGUGGAAUUUAACAAAGACUGGUCUGGGUUCAAUAAUGCUAUGUCAUUUGAGAAGGCCUAUGAAGCAGAUCAUCAUGGGAAAAAAGACUGGCAGGGAACUAAGGACGACAAAGGAUCCAAUCUCCAUGCUUGGGUUGCUCGUGCUGAUGACUACAAGUCCGAUGGGAUCAUUGGAGAACAUCUUCGUAAGACUAGAGACCUUAGAACCAUUUCUGAUAUCAUGGCAGAAGAGGCUCGGAAAACUAGUAAACUUGUAUCUAAUUUGACAAACAUAAUCGAGGUGAAGAACAAACACUUAGAAGAGAUGCAGUUCAAAUUCAGCGAGACUUUAAACUCUCUUAGCAAAUUAAUUGAUGAAAAGGAUAAGCUUCAUCAUAACUAUAAUGAAGAGCUGAAAAAGAUUCAGUCAAGUGCACGAGAUCAUUUUCAGAAGAUCUUUAAUGAUCACGAAAGGAUUAAAGUGCAACUAGAAACUCAGAAGAGUGAGCUUGAGCUGAGGGGUAAAGAAUUGGAAAAGCGUGAGGCCCAGAAUGAAAGUGAUAGAAAAAACCUGUCUGAAGAGAUUGAAAAGAAUACCAUAAAAAAUAGUUCGCUUACGUUGGCAGCUAUAGAACAACAGAAAGCUGAUGAAAAUGUAAUGAAACUGGCAGAAGAUCAGAAGAGGCAAAAGGAGGAUCUCCACAAGAGAAUAAUUCAACUGGAGAAACAACUGGAUGCAAAACAAGCCCUAGAGCUGGAAAUCGAGCAAAUGAGAGGGACCUUGAAUGUUAUGAAGCACAUGGGAGAUGACGGUGAUUUGGAAAUUCUGAAAAAGGUGGAGGGGAUGCACAAGAUGUUGAGAGAAAAGGAAGGAGACCUUGAUGAUUUAGAAGCAUUGAAUCAAACGCUAAUAGUGAAAGAGAGGAAGAGCAAUGAUGAACUGCAGGAAGCUCGCAAAGAAUUGAUUAAUGGCUUGAAAGAAAUAUCAAGAAGUGCUCAUAUUGGUGUUAAGAGGAUGGGAGAACUCGACAACAAACCGUUUCAUGAAGCAAGCAAGAGGAAGUAUAAUGAGAUGGAAGCAGAUGAAAGAGCUUUGGAACUGUGUUCAUUGUGGGAGGAGUACCUUCGAGAUCCUGAGUGGCAUCCCUUUAAAGUCAUCAAGGUUGGCGGAAAACAUCAGGAAAUGAUAGAUGAUGAUGAUGAAAAAUUGAAUUCUCUGAAGAAUGAAUUUGGCAUUGAAGUGUACAAGGCUGUAACAUCAGCUUUGACGGAGAUAAAUGAAUACAACCCGAGUGGAAGGUAUAUAAUCUUGGAGCUCUGGAACUAUUCGGAAGGAAGGAAAGCAUCACUGCGAGAGGGAGUUGCCUUCAUACUGAAACAAUGGAAAAUACAUAAGCGCAAGAGGGAAAUGCUUUGAUGGUUGGAAUUUAUGCUGUACUUGUGCAAUGCAUUUCUACCCGUGUCUGUGUGAUGACCUAAAAAGAAAAUUGAGGGUGAAAUGCUGUUAUUUAUGAUGUAUCCCAUAAAAGCAUGGCUGAAUGUUUGGCCGUAGAUUAAACUCUUGAAAAUAAACCAUUGGACUUUGUAGCAUCAUUCCUUGUAUGAGCUCUAUCUAGAUAACGUAUUCCAGGUUGGAUAUGAUGACUUAAAUUUAUUUUCUUUUUCAGAAAGUUGUUUUAUUAUUUAUGCAUAUUAUUAUGCUUGAAAUUCCCUUAAA